AUGUUCCCUGCAGCGCUGCGUGAGUUUGCCAUGCUUUAUAGAGAACCCAAAGUAGAAUCUAUUCCUGAGGAAGAUGUCGCAGAUGUAUCGUGCUCUAACCUGGGAAACUCGUACAAUACUCUUCGCAGAAAGAACGAACAAUUAUUUCACUCGGAACCCAAUGGGCAUGGCAUGUAUUACACUAAAAUCAUGGCUGAACUGGCACGCCGUCAGUCAGAAAGUGGCUCCCCUCACAUUCAUACGACACAGCAAAAGUAUAUUGGCGUUUUCCUGAUGGUUUACUUUGGCUAUUUAAAGGAAACGUUAGCAAAAGACUUUGGCCAAGAACCAGACUCAACAAGACGACAAAUUGAUGAGAAAGGCGCUACAUUAUUGUGGAUGGGUACUGUACCAGAAACCGAAGAAAACAAGAGAAAACUCAUGGUAUACGACAUUGAAGACAACUUUCCUAUAUCUGAAUGCUUGCAAAAGGAAAACAUUAAGAUGAUACCAGCAAAUACACAGUUUGCUGUGGUCAGUAUGACCAGAUAUUAUGUGAAAACUUGUUAUUUUCAAGCUUUGGAAGAUAUAUACUGCCUACUGAUAUGGCACCAUGUUGUUGAAAGUAUCUAUGAAACGGAUUCUCUAUUGGAAUAUUCAUCAAAUGUGGACAUUAUGGACAUUGAUUUCACAUUGAAGUCUUACAAAAGCUUCAAAGUGGCAUUCAAUAAUUACAUGCUGAACAUGUUCCCUUUGACCUAUACCAGCCAUCCUGAUGAAAAGUAUGGAUUUCCAUUGCAUCUCAAGCAAGGUGGCUGCAGCAUUGUAUUGACAAAUCGACUAGUGCUUCAUUCAGGUGUACUUCCUGCUUUUGAGACAUUCGUGGAUGCCGCAAAAGAACCUACUCGCCACUCUACCUUUGUGUUCUUUAGACCUUUCAAUUUUGAUGGUGAAAAAAAUUCCUCGUUACCCAUGUUAGAAUUACUAGAAACAGAGUGGAAGAAGCUUUUAGAAAUUCGCUUCAAAAAAAUGAUCUGGAUUUCUACAAGACAGUUUAUCUCGGUACACUCACAUCAGUGCUUGAAAUCUGUUAUUGGUGACACUGCAUUUGGCUAUGAAGCACUCAAAACAGGUGUGAUCCGAGCCGCUGAAAGUGGUUCCUUUGCUCUCUGUUUUCGAUACUUUAUCAAUGAUAAGGCAUCGCUUGUUGAGGUAAUAGGUAAUCAAUCUGGUCUUUAUCAGCCAAUUCAAGAAACUGACGCAUGUAUCAUCACUAAACUGGGCUCGCCUUAUGAUAAUACGAAGAAGCAUAGCUUUAUUGCUGACCUUGUUUUCAAGAUCCCAAACCUCAAAAGCGUGUUUAAGAUUCGUAAGUAUCUGUUUAUUUACGGCCCCAUCCAAGGAAUGAUUGAUUCAAUUGAACAGUAUAGAUAUCAUGAAGAUCAACGACACUUAUCAAAGAAAUAUCGGGGACAUUGUAGCAAUCCAAAACUAUGA